AUGUCUACCCGUCAGACCCGAAGGAAAUCUGCCAAGCUGCGCGAAGCUGCUGCAGCUGCUGCCUCAUCCGAUGACGAUCAGAAGCCCAUCAUCAUGAAUGGCAAUGGCUCUGCUCACCACACUCCGGAAGCCACGGACAUCGAGGAAGAUGAGAAUAUCUUUCUGUUCUGGCCCAAUAUUAUCGGUUCGCAGCUCCAUGAUGCCUUGUGCUUGCAUUCUUGGGCGAUUGCUAACGCUCGCGCAUCUCUAGGCUACAUCCGUAUCGUCCUCGCCAUCGCCUCCCUAUACUACAUGCCCGUCCACCCGCGAACGUGCUCGGUCCUCUAUAGCAUCUCCUGCCUGUUGGAUGCAUUCGAUGGCUAUGCUGCCCGCAUUUUCGAACAGUCUACUCGCUUCGGUGCCGUCCUUGACAUGGUUACUGAUCGCUGCACAACCUCAUGUCUGCUCGUCUUUCUGUCUUCUGCCUUCCCCAGAUGGGCUAUUCUGUUUCAGGGCCUGAUUGCGCUCGACUUCUCUAGCCACUACAUGCACAUGUAUGCCACUCUCGUCGUCGGCGGCUCCGACUCGAGCCACAAGAACAUUGACAAGAGUCAGAACUGGCUCCUUAACUUGUACUACACCAACAAGAAUGUCUUGUUUACUCUGUGCGCUCUCAAUGAGCUCUUCUUCAUCGGCCUUUACCUUCUGGCCUUUUCGUCUCCUUGGCUGUCUCCCCACCUGAUCAAGAGCGUCGAAGAGACCAGUGGUGGUUUCAUCAACCCCGGUGCUCCAGUUAACACCUCGCUGCUCCGACAGAUGUUCCCCGACCCCUUUAGCGCCUCUGCGCUAGAAAUUGCCCGUGCCAACAAGAUGGACUCUCUUAUUCCUUGGGCUAUUGCUGGUAUCAGCUUGCCUUUCAUGGUUAUUAAGCAGGCUAUCAACGGAGUCCAGUUAUACAACGCAAGCAAGUGGCUUGCCGAUGUUGAUAUCAAAAUGCGCAAGGAGAAGGGCCUUCCCCGCAAGAAUAAGGCCAAACGUGUAUAG